AUGACCGAGGCCACCAAGCAAGCUACCCCUGACCACAAGCGGCGCCCUCGGAGACAGAGUGCCCCAACCAAGUCACGGUCUCGGGCAGGCUGCCUCACAUGUAAAUCCAAACAUAUCAAAUGCGACGAAAAGCGCCCGAGCUGCCAGAAAUGCACCGACAAGGGUUUACGAUGCGGAGGCUACUGGAAAGGCUUCAAAUGGUCCUACAAGCACCAGCCCAACGCCCUGGAUGACGACGAGCAGUCUCCGCCCAGAGACAACCAAUUCGACGAUCUUUCCUUCGACCACAACAAGGACGACGCCGUCUUGAAUAAUGCUCCCGAUAUUAUAAUAGGCAGUGCCGAUCGGGCAUCGUCGGUCCCUCGAGUCUUGCCAUACCAGCUUGACGAGGAUAUCGAAGAGCUGGGUAUGCUCUCUGCCUUGGAUAAAUCCUCGCAGGAUUCUUCCUGGGUACUGGGCGCCAACCUUGCCUUUGACUUCAUGUCCGACUCGUGCUCCGAAACCAGCUUGGUGCCCCAGCUCGGUGCUGAGAUGGAGCCUGCGAUGUCCUUGUCCAACCUGAAAAUAGGAAAUCCCCAAUUACCUACUGCUGUCCCUCCUCCUGCAGUUGCACUUCCCCAGCCAAUUCCUCGGACACCGCGAAUAUCAAUGGGCGGUUCCGACGCAACGCUGACUCUCAUCAGCAGCUGGUUUGACCAGGUAUGUCCAGCAUGGUCUGCCUUUGACUCCGACAGCAAUCUGAACCGGAAGCUUGCGGGGGAUCUGUGGCACAACUCCGCCACUGUGUUCAAUUCGCUGCAGAGCAUGUCGGCCAGCUUCCUUGCUGCCCGGUUACCGCAGAUGCGGCCGUCCGCACUGAAUCUUUUGCGGACGGCGACAGUCUGCAUCCAGGCAGAGGCUCGCUCCAUCAGAGCCAAGGCACAGUUGGACACGAUACCUACUGGCCUUCUCUUCUCUCUCUUUUGCUUAGGCACGACUGUGUGCUGGCUGGACUCCGGGCGCAUGGGCUUACCCUUCCUGAAGGAAGCGAAGCUCCUUCUCUGUCGUCUACGGCAGCAAUUUGUGCCCAUGCGGAAUGAAGACCUGGAACAGUUGACCUUUUUCAAGAAGAGCCUUCUCUAUUGGGAGAUGCUCCUCGUGGUGGUGGAUGACAUGGAUCCGACAGACACGCUGGAGAGCCCGUCCGAAGAACAGAUGCAGCCUCAGGAAGCAACAGGCGAGGGGAUCAUCGAUAUGCUGCCUCAUCCUUGGACGGGCGUGUCGUCCCGGACGCAGCGUCUCUUUUCUCAAUCAAUCGGGCUCUGCCGAGCGUACCGGAAAAAGCUAUCCAUGCCUCUCGGCUCACUACGGGAUCUCCCAGCGGGCAUGCAGGAUCUGGAGGAAGCCCAAAAGAUUGAAGAACAGCUCUUGGAGCUUGAAUUCUCACCUUUCGCUGCCCUGGCUGACCUCAACGACACCGGAGACCAGCGCACGCCGUGGCUUCACCUGACCUUCGUGGCAGAGGCAUACCAGCUCGCGUCAUUACUCCAGCUCUACGUUACAUUCCCCGAGCUCGUGUCAAUGCGGCUGCCCAGAGAGUCGGCUUUCCCAUGGAACGGGCCUGUGCCCUGGGACAAGUGGAUUGUCCCCCUCACCCUGCGUCUCGUGAAGCUGCUGGAGCAGGUCCCGCCGGACUCGGGCAGCCGCGUGAUCCAGCCCAUGCUCUACAUCUGCGCCAGCACGGGACUGCGCUACGAGUACGGCGCGAAAUUCGACACAGAGCAGACGGGCUUCUCCCCGUCCGACGCAAGGAACAUCGAGAUGGGUGUCUCAUUCGACGACAGCUCAGACAUCUUGGGCUACAUUGAUCAGAUCUACAAGUCGGGCAAUGGGGAGCCGGCGUCACCGGAGGCUGUAUCGCGCAUGGGACUCGAGGUCGCCAACGCCCGCGCGUUCAUCAUGAAACGGCUGGACCUGCUGGAGAGCACCCUGCAGCCGCGGCCGGUCAUGGUUGCCAAGGAGCUGGUGAAGGCCGUCUGGGCCGCGUAUGACGCCGAGCCUGCGGGAUUUACUUCUGUGCACUGGUUCGAUGUGAUGGAUUCGCAGGAUCUGCGGUCGCUUUUUGGCUAG